AUGCGUGCUCCCCAGACGUCCGCAAACUUCACGGAUUCCGUGCAAAGCCUCCUAGCACGCUUCCGACACGCGAGCUCCAUGGAGACGACGGUCACUUCGCCUGCUCCGACCGCGGUCAUGAGUGCUGCGCCUGCCGAGGCCACCAGGCCCUCAACACAAGGUCAUGAGGUGAUGCGCUACGAUCCAAUGAGCCAACACCAGACACGCUCUCAGCAGAGGCGCUUCGCUGCGGCCGAGGGCGGGGAUCUGAACGAACGUCUGAACCUGAUCACGAUUGAGGCGGCUGAGCAUGGCCUCCAACGCCGUUUCUGUAAGCACUAUCCGGAGCGCUCGAUCUUGGAGUACUUGCAACGUCCCGGCGAGGGCGUCGCUCCGCAUGAGGCCGUGACGGCGGUCUUGGAAGACCUCGCGGACGAGACCGCGGAAACGGCGAGUGGAUUGGCCCUCGUCUACCGAUACAUGCAGGUGCACGAGAUGUGGAAGACGCACCCAGACCGGAAUAUCCGCUCCGCGGAGGACUUCGUGGAGUGCCUCGACCGGGCGGGAUACAUUCGAACGGGUCUCGUCAUCGGUACCGCCGCGCAGACGGCCAAGCGUAACAGCACCCGACGCAUCCAGGCGUGCUGGGGAGACCAUUGGUUCCACGAGGUGCCGCUGUCCAUCCGCGACGAGCGCUGGCGGGGCCCGGAAGACCUAUCGAAGAAUGUUCUGGCCCGCAUCGCGACCACGGCCGAACAAGGUCGCUCGCUAGAGAUGGCGGUCCGAGAUUGGAUGCAGGCGAUCCAGCGACGCAACGAUGUGGGCGCCCGCCGCGAGUUGGACAUCAAGGGUCGAGUCACGCCGUUCUUGGUCCUCGCCGACGUCUCCAUUCCGGAUGGGACCGUUGGGAACGGCCGCCAGAACGACCGCAAUGCCGACGGUGUCCCUCUCUACGAGCCGAAAGAAGAACGACUCCGGGUCGAGCUGAUCCCUCGUCAGCCUCCGUCUCGGUCGACUGUCCCGGAGCCGGACUACGCGGAGGCUACGCUGACGAAAAUGCCAAAGAAGCGGAAGCGAACGUCAGAUACCGUGGCCGAUGAGGGUGGAGCCGCGGUGGCAAAGGAGGACGGCUGGAAGAAAUCAGGUGAUGGACGCUGGCUCACCAAGCGCGUCAGAAAUCAGAUCAUUCGGAAGCCAGUGGAGGAGGUCGGCGAGACGCGGGAGUCGCUGGCGACCAGCCAGGACGACGAGGGAGAGCAUCACACCCUAGAAGAGCCACGGACGGCAACGACUCCCAACCCCAUCCCAUCCACUGCACGGCUCGACUCACCUCCCGCAUCGACACCACAUCCCUCGCCUGCAACGUCAAGUUCGAAGACUUGCGCCGGACCCGCCUUCGCGAAUGCCCUUCGAGAGCUGACGAAAUCCUUCGCCGAGCUGAACGACCCUGACUACCUCGCGACAAGAUUUUGCGACUGUUGUCGCAGUCCUGUAACUGCGGCAACCUACUCCAUCUUGGACGAGAUCCGGACGAAUGGGAGUAAGCUCGACAACAACCAAAAGCAUCGUUUCGGCACAGCAAUCGUUCCUGCCAGGCAGGAACGCCAGGAGACGCCGAAGCGGCCCCGUCGCUGGGAUACAUUAUUCGUCACAGACGGAUCCGAAACAGACGAGUCGGACCCGGACUAA